UGGCGGAAGCCUGGUCAGAAGGCUCUGUGUUGUCAGGUGGGGGUGUGACUGUGCUAGAAAUGUUUCUUUGUAAAUUGGCAGGGCCCUAUUGUCCUACCACAGGUUUCCUGGUCCCUGGUCCUAUUGAGCUGAUACAGGCCCUUGUCUCAAGGGAGAGUAAUGGAGAGUAUUACAACAGUGAAUAAAGCUCCCAGGUCUUCAAGUAUGAUUGAUCUGAACCCAAGAGAAAUCAGGCUGUAGGAGAGCAGGCACCUUAAAUGAAAAUGUGUGAAGCACAUGUAUAUAAAAUUUUCCUUCAUUACAAAGAAAAGAGAAGGGCAGGUAACAUCUCUAAGCUCUGUGCCGGAUUCUGCCCUUGGCCUUGCUGGCCAGCUGUUCCAGGCCUCUGGCAAACUUCCUUUGAAGGAUUUUCCUUUCCUUUGGGUGCAUUAGUGAAAUGUUUUCUAUUUAACAACACACUAUUUCCCGUUAUAUAAUAUUGCAAGAUUUAUAACUCCAAAUUCACCCCAUCAUACCCUACCCCAACUAGAUUUUAUGUGUUACACAGAACACAGAUCUGAUUUCUGAGAGAUCCUAAAUACCUGAAUGUAUUUUGAUUGCUUAUCUGAGUCCAUAUAUUUGCUGGUGUGUCUUUCCUGUGCAUAGAACUCUUGAAUUUCCAAUUCAUCACAUCAUUAACUCAAGGUAAAGAUUUAAGCAUCUAAAUAGACUAAUUGGUACCUUAAAGCAGGACUUAGUUAAUAAGCAUUAGCGAAGUGCUUCCAAGUCUGAUGCUUAAGAAACCCUUACCUACUAGAGUAAUUGACUUUAAGAUAUAAAAAUCACGCCUUCGUCCAAGUACAAAAAGAGAAUUGUUUCUGUUUCUCUUUUGGAUGCUUACUAGAAUUGAGGGGGUUAGGAAAGGCAGGGUCUGAAAAUUAGAGCCAGAAUGUUGGAAUGGGCAGUUCCCAUUUGCACAGUUUUUGAGUUUCUCUCAGUUUUCACAGGAAAGCAGAGUAAUGGCUUUUAGUGCCUGAAGGUAGUGGUGAGCAGUGAACCGCUUCGGUGAAAGGCAUGAGUCAGUCUGUUGACCGGAAGGGUCUAGAAUGGCUGAAGGUGUGCCUUUGGGGUGCUACUGCCGCUGCUGCUAGUUCCAUAUCCAUCUCAUCGGUGCUCCGUUCAGAACCUGUGGUCCCUGUUCCAGUCAUCUUCCCUGGUGAUGGCAGAGUGGAGAGAACUAGCACCAAGCCUUUGGUGCCUUUGACAGCUGUGCCUUGUAUGUGGUAAAGAAGACAGCAUAGCUUAUCUUGAGAAGAGAUUGCCUCCAUCCUUGGGUUUACAAGCUUCCCACUUUAGUUUUUCUUUUCCAUGCCUUAUUUCUUAGUACUAAGCAGUGGCAUUCCAGUCAGCUCAAUGGGAAGUUAUAUUUUCAUCAGCCUCUGGAGGAAACCUAGUCUGGUGGCAGCAGCCCUCAGGUCAGCUCUCGUAACAUAAAUCCAUCCCCAGCAUCUCUCUAACCUAGAUGGGUAAAUUCCCAGAGGGGAUUUGUCAACAUUUUUUCCUUCUCUCCUACCAGACCUCCUCAGAGAAGCCUAUUUUCAGGCUUGUGGCCAGUGAGUCACUGCAUAGGUUUUGCUGACUUACUGGCUGAAGGGCAGGAUCAUAAACUGAAAGAAGAGAUCACUUAAGGAAAUAAAUUCAAAACUUAGAAAAGAGACACAGGCUCACCCUGUCUGCGUUUCAGUCAUUUUGCUUCUCGGGCCACUCCAUCAAUCCUGUGGAAACUGGCAGCGGUCAGCUCUCCACAUCCCUCCUUGUCUUUGCCUUGCGGAAGCAUGUUUAUUUUGCCUCCCUCUCCUUUUUGCUGAGGAUAUUAGUUUGUUUUGAAUGCUGUGUGGCUCCUCUUUCCUAGGUUAAGUUAGAUCGUACUUCUGCAUAGUUUCGCUCUGAGUAGCAGUUCCAGGUCUUGUCCUGAGGAGAAUACCUGGGUUGCAUGUUUUUACCAUUGUACGGAAUCUUGUUGGUUGGGCAAGUGUUGGUUUAGCGUGCAUACCCCACAUCGUUUGUGUCAUGGGCACCUGCGUCAUUGAUCUGUCCUCUUCCUCACUUGUUCCUUUGCUGAUUCCGUCUCGUGGCUAAAUGCCAGGUAUGGUGUGAGGCAGUAGAAGUGUGUUGGUAAAAGAAGACACAGGCCCUAUCCUCAGCCCACACAUCACUACAGGAGGUGGACUCUUGAAUAAAUAAAUGAUUGCACAGUCGCGUGCCAAGUCCUCUAACACAGCAGUGGCCUAGGGAAGAAGGUACCAGAAUUGUGUCUGCUUGGAGGUUGACAGUUUAGUGAGGCCCCCCUGCAUUGGGUCUUCAGAGAUGAAGCAGAGGGGGAAGCUGCCAUCAGCUCUGUGGAUCACCAUGGGGCAUUUUCUUUGGACAAAUAAUAAGAUGUGGGUUAGGAGUUGAAAGGAAUGUGGUGUUUUAACAAAUACAACCAUUACAUCAGGUUUUAGGAAAUUGGUAAUGUUUUCUUUCCUGCUUUCAUAGAUUUUUGUACACAUGUCCCACAUAUAAAAUGUUUUUCAGAGGAAUGGAUUCAGUAAAGCUGAACUCAGAGCAAGGGGAGGGUGGCUGCCACCCGCCACCCCCCCCCCAAAAAAAACAAGGGGCCCAGUAGAGGAAGGAAGGAAAUGGGGCACUGACCCAGGGGACAGAUCAGCCUGCAGCAUGCAGAUCCUCCUCCAGGGUUAGUCUGCCUUGGGGAAAAACUUUCUGAAGGAAGAGCCAGUAAAUGAUGAAACCAGUGAAAAACUAGGUUUCAUCAUAUGGACUUCAAUUUUGUAAAUGGGGCAGAUGCUUCACAUGGAAGGAAAGUGGUGUAAACCCGGGUCAUAAAUCAUGCCAGUUUCUGGCAGCACCCCAGGCUGGGGGUGACUGCUUCCCCCUGGUGCUCAGGGGGACCUGGCCUCUUAAGGAAUUGCCUAGGCAGCCCUUAGGCUGAGUUUUGAGAUUUUCAAGACUUUAAGGAGAGGAGUGUGGGAUCUGCAUGGUAUGGCGCAGAAUGGGCUUGGAAAAACCUCUUGCCCCCACACUGCCCCCUCCCUUAGAACUUAGGCACUAGCACCCUCCCCUCGAGUGCUUGGCAGCUGUGUGUAUUGGCAGGGGGCAGGGGGCGGUGUCUUAACUGGUACUUCACCACCUAACUGCACAUCAGGAUCUACAGGGGGGCUGCCAGCUACACAUCAACCAUUUAGGGAGGAAGUAACGUGUGAACAGAGUCUUUAUUCCUUAUUACGGUCAUUACUCCAGAGCAGCUUGCUCACAGGAGGCUAGAGCAGCCAUUUACUCUGAGCUUUCAGAUCAAAUGCCCAGAAAUCACCAGUGGGCAGCAAGGCUGGGGAGGGGGGGUGGUCAGCCUGGCUCCUGGAAUUCCAGCCUCCUUAGGUCCCAAUGACAUCACAGAUGCUAGGGCGCUCCUGAGAGGUGGCAGUUGCUUCAGGAAAGGCAGCCUGCCUGCAUGCAGGGCCCACACGGGGAGGAGUGGGACCAGUUAAAAGCUCCCCAUGCCAACCGGUUCAUCUUCUCCCACGACCUCUCCAACGGGGCCAUGAAUAUGCUGGAGGUCUUUGUGUCUAGCCUGGAGGAGUUUCAGCCAGACCUGGUGGUCCUCUCUGGAUUGCACAUGAUGGAGGGACACAGCAAGGAGUUCCAGAGGAAGAGGCUCUUGGAGGUCGUGACCUCCAUUUCUGACAUCCCUGCGGGUGUCCCGGUUCACCUGGAGCUGGCCAGCAUGACCAACAAGGAGCUCAUGAGCAGCAUCGUGCACCAGCAGGUCUUUCCUGCCGUGACUUCCCUGGGGCUGAAUGAACAGGAGCUGUUAUUUCUCAGCCAGUCGGCAUCUGGACCUCACUCUUCUCUUUCUUCCUGGAAUGGUGUUCCUGACGUGGGCGUGGUCAGCGACAUCCUCUUUUGGAUCUUGAAGGAACACGGGAAAAGUGAAAGCAGAGCCUCAGACCUCAGCAGGAUCCAUUUCCACACGCUGGCCUACCACAUCUUGGCGACUGUGGAUGGACACUGGGCCAACCAGCUGGCAGCCGUGGCUGCAGGAGCCCGCGUGGCCGGGACACAGGCCUGCGCAACGGAAACCAUAGACAUGCGCCGAGUGUCUCUGAAGGCACCCCACGAGUUCAUGACCUCCCGUUUGGAGGCUGGCUCCAGGGUUGUGUUAAACCCAAGUGAGCCAGUGGUCGAAUGGCACAGGGAGGGCGUGUCCUUCCACUUCACACCUGUGUUGGUGUGUAAAGAUCCUGUUCGAACUGUGGGCCUCGGAGAUGCCAUCUCCGCCGAAGGACUCUUCUAUUCAGAAGUACACCCUCACUCAUAGGAAGGUUGUUGGGGUCAUUUUUCUGAUGAAGGAAAACUAGCCAACCUAAAAAUGACAGGAAUUCAGUGGUCUGGGAAAUAGGAUUGAGAGUGUCAAAAACCAUUUCUGUUGAUCGAACUGAAAGACAGCCAAAGAAACAACAGCAGAUUAAACUGUACCAGAUACAUUCCAGCCUUUUGACAAUUACACAGAAACAUUUCAGGUUUUAAUCGCAAUUCAGCUAUCUACUAACAAGACUGGAUUUUUGUUCUCGUUGUUUAUUUUUAUGUUGUGUGUUACAGGGGUAAAAACUUGGUUCUCCAACCCGCUUUUCAGGUAUUUUAGGCCAGACUCCUUUGCCCAUAAGAGCAGGUCGGUUGGAGAAAGCACUCCCUUCUUGCCCACCUCAGAUGCGCAUGCUCACUCACCCGUCCUCCCUGUCUCUGAAAGCCCAGUGUGAGUUCUUGCAUCCUCUCAGCUCAGCUCAGCGCCCAUGACAGGAUCAUAAUUUCCAUUCAGUGUUAUAAUGACAAUAUUCAGUGAGUACGCCUUCUCAGUUUUCUCCUCCCAAAUUAAGACAGAGCCACAGGUAAGGACAAAAUAGCCCUCCUGUGCUUCAGAGACACAGCAGAGGCUGGGUGCCUCAUGGAGCCCUUGAGGGAGCCAGUCACUGCAGUUAGGGGCCUGGCUGUCCUACAGGGUGGCGCUGUGAGCUGAAGGGCUGCACCUUCCUGCCUUGGCUCCUUAACUGUAGGCUGGCUGGUCAGAGGCUGCUGUGCCUGGGCCCACCCUCACUGCCCAGCUCUGGACAUGCUUUCUAUAGCGGAAGACUGAUCUGUGUUCAUUCUGAUCCUUGAAGGAAUUUUACAACUGGAAUCUGCUUCUGGGUGUAUAACAGAUCAUGUAUGUUUUACAUUGAUACAUCACAUCUGUUAAAGAGUUCAACCUCCUAAGAGCCCCAGGAUCAUAAAUAAAUUUGUCAUAUUAUGUAUUUAUUUUUAUAAAUCAAGGAGACUUCAGCGUGCUUUUAAAUAUAUUAAAAACAACUUACAUUUCAGGAA